AUGAAUGCUGCUGAAAUUGCUCGACAAUUAGAAGUAGCCUAUGAUAUUAAACCAGGCUCAAUUCGUAUCGAAACUAUUGUGAUCUAUAAUGGUGAAAGAAAUGUUAAUGAUCAUCGUCGUCGUCGUCGUCAACUUCAUGAGGGAAAACGUGGAAUGUACGUCUUCAUUUUGCAUGAUUUUGUUUUCGUGCAUCUAUUCUCAAUACGUGUCUAA